AUGAGGCUUCGCAGCAGUAUCCGCCCGCCCAAACGGUUCAAUUCUGAGGAUUAUGAAGCUCCUUUCUCACAGGUUUCCUUACGUCGACCCCAAAAAGACAUAGAAAGACCACCUAUCAUUGAAUUUAAUCCCAACUUGCCGCCGGCCGCAUUCCCGACUUUGGACAAGCCCCGGGUUCCUGGAUCGAACGAUGGCAACAUUGACACUCCUCAGGAUGAUUUGGACAGUGAGGUUGACUUCGACGACAUCACGUUUGCUGAGAUCGAGAAUCUCAAAGCCAGCAAUGGGCCCCUGAAUCCAAUCUACGUGAGGAACAUGAAUUUGAUGGCAAACGCAGGCCGACCCUCAUCACAUACGGAUCACGACGUGGAAGAUACCGCUUGGGGCUCAAUUUUUGAUGACUUUGACCAAGAAUUCCCCCUGGCAAGUGAAUCCAUGACCCUCCCUCCUAUCCUUACUCAGUGGCCUCAACCAGGCACGGAUCCGUUGCUGACUAUGCCUAAUAAGCCUGCUCCCCUGAUCCCAGAUCCAGAAUGGAGCGAUAUGCCUAUUUCUCUCAGAGUUGAGAUAUUCAGUAACCUUCUCGAGUCGCUCAGCUGGCCACAGGCAUGCAACCAGUUGGGACUUAAUGUCCAAGAUCAAAUUCAACUCCAAAAGAAGUGGGCCGAGCGGGACAAGCAGGUCGACGACGAAGAUGAACUACUGGCAGAGAUGCGAGCGCAGCAGCUGAGGGAGUCGAUGCGAGUCGACAACAGUUCUCCGAAUCAUGAUUUGAAGUCGCUUCAGACGAGAAUGCAGGAAAUAGGCGACGAUGCCAUUAGCAGGCUGAGAAGGAGACCUCAGGCAAAGCACUUGAUGUGCAACACCGACGAUAUCGCUAUUGCCAGGAGAUUCCUAGACAAACAGGGGCUGAACCCCAGACUUAUCGGGGAAUGGAGCAACAGCAUUCCCGUUGUCGAGGGCUAUAAAGAAGGAGAAAACGACAACCAUUGGAUGGCAGGAACCUUUGAGUGGACUUUGGAACCAUUUGGUAUUAGAAUCAGUGAAUCGCCUUUCGGUUCUACCCCUGCUAGGGACAACGCAGCUACUUGGAACGAAUCCACCGAGUCAACACCUUCCAGGACAUCAGUCAUUGAUAGUUUCGGGACAGAACCUUCAGUCAGUCCAAUAGACACGGUCCGACGUCGAAGCGGUGUUGUUAAUCCUGCUCCCAGGUGGAUCAACGACCCAACCUCGAGUUCGUGGCGGCCCUCUCCAUCCAGCGCACUUGUUAAUCUGAGCAUUGGCACGGAGCGAGCUGCUCAAAUUCACCCGGCAAGAUCGGUUCGUCAAAACCCUCCACAGGACUGCGUCUCUGAGAACCCCACCCCGACAGUAGGUGAUGCUGCUACUGAUACUCCUGAUACGAGAACAGCCCUAGCCCCAGCCCCAGCCCCAAUCCCAAAACCAGCUUCAACUAGCUCCCAGAAGCCAGUACGGCGAACAUUGGGUGGGAAUUGGUCAUAUUUGUCUGCUGCGCCCAAUCCGAAUCUUAGGAGGACCUCCACUAGACGCCCGCGGAAGAGACCGGACGAAGUCAAAUCAGGCGCGAGAAAAGAGAAUCCCAGGGCUGAUCGUGGCAGCAUUGAGCAGCGAUGUGCCGCUCCUCAGCCAGGGGAGAGCUUUUUACCUAGGGCUCGGCCAAAAUUAACCAGAACUUUGUCAGACCCAUCCUCGAGCAUCCCGACAACCUACCGGGGAUUACCAACCUUCAACACAGAGACGUCAGAAGCAGCUUUACCCGUCCUGCCAGAAAACAGGAGAGAAGAAGCCGAUGAUAUGACAACCACGCCCCCAACCUCUGAUACCCGGCCAACUGCACAGACAUCUGAAAGCGAAGUCGCGAACGGUGCAAUGGAACUGGACGAAACGGAAUUAUACGAAAUGGAAUUGGACGAAUUGGACGAGAUGGAUGAAGUGGUUCUUGUCCCAUCCGGCCCUUCGGCCUAG